ACAAUAAAGUAAUUAAAUCAGACGGAUUAAAUCAAUAAGCAAAAUGCAUAUUCUUCAUCGAACAAAUGAACAUCAAUUCGAGGAUCAGAAAUUUAUGAUGGAACGCCUCACUAGUCACGGCAGCUUAGGUUUGUCGAGUAGUAGUCCAGCCUAUUCAACACAUACAGGAGGCCACACCGGUCGAGGUGGUCCGUCUGCGGGGCAUGGAGGGCAUGGCGGCACACAUGGUAGUGCAGCGACAAUGCAUCACCAGUCACUACAAUCAGAUUUUCAGCCUCCAUACUUUCCACCACCAUUUCAUCAUUCAACGCAAAGUCCACCACAGCAACAAAUACCUGCAUAUUUACAGAAUCAUGGAGCUUUAGAAUAUCUGGGAACCGAUCCAUAUGGCCAACCACUGUCUUCAUUACAUCACGCGCCUUUGCAUCACUACAAUCAAUUAGCUGGACUGAGAUCUACUCAAGAUCAACUCGGUAUACAUAGAUCUCACAGAGAAGCAGAGCUGCAGGGUCACAUGACACAACUCUCACAUGGAUUUCCGUAUACUGACAGAAGAAGUGAUUACGGUAGUGCAAUAUCAGGUGGAACUGCCCAUGGUGGACGACUCACUCACGAGCAUGACCCCUUAGCACUUCACCAAGCUUUACAAAAUGCUGUUGAUGAUGGUCAAAAUCCUGGUAUGGAUGACAACGUCGCAUUUAUGUCAGAUCUACCAUUGAUAAAAAGUAUAAAAAGUGGAAAGGAUGUCGGCAAUAUCAGCUCAGGCUCGCCGAGUGAAGUAUUUUGUGCUGUUCCCGGCCGUUUGAGUCUUCUUUCAAGUACAUCAAAAUACAAAGUGACUAUUGCCGAAGUCCAAAGAAGACUGUCACCUCCGGAGUGUUUGAAUGCAUCGCUUUUAGGUGGAGUUCUGCGAAGAGCUAAAAGCAAAAAUGGCGGAAGACUGCUUAGGGAAAAGCUUGAAAAAAUUGGUUUGAACUUACCUGCUGGACGAAGAAAGGCUGCAAAUGUAACACUACUAACGUCUUUGGUGGAGGGCGAAGCUACACACCUAGCGAAGGACUUUCAUUUUGUUUGUGAAACUGAAUUUCCCGCUCGACAGCUUGCCGAAUAUAUUGUGAGGCAUCAAACAGAACCGCAAGAAUCCUAUCGGAGGAAAGAACUAUUGCUACACUCACAACAGAUAACAAAGGAACUUAUGCAAGUUCUUAGCCAAGAUAGAACUACGCAAUAUGGCACAAGAUCACAGCAUCUAUUGGAACCGUCAAUGCAACGUCAUCUCACACAUUUUUCGUUAAUUACCCACGGAUUUGGUUCUCCAGCUAUCAUGGCGGUAUUGCAUGCUUUUCAGACUUUUUUAAACGAAUCUCUUAAUUAUUUGGACAAAUUAUACCCAUCAAAUGGCGGCGGAAUGGUUACAUCAUCACUAGACAAAAAUAAGCUCGACAAUGACAAAAAAUGAUAAAAAUAAUGGCUCUUAUACACUCAAGUAAAAUAUUGACGUAAUAAAUAGGCUUUUACAAUUUAAAGUUAAUUAGUUAAAA